CAGCCCUGUUUAUGAAAUAAAAUAGUAGUUAAUGAUGAUCAAUAAUUUUGACCAACAUGCCAAGACAAAGAAAACUGUAUUUUAUAGUCCGAAUUUUAUUUCUGAAUUCGUGAUUUGUAUAAUGAUGAAAGUGAAUAUCCACAUUUAAGUCAUAAAUACUCCCAGAAAAAUCACGUUAGUUUAAUGACCAAUCUGUAGAAAUAUUCCUGAAGCUUUUUUUAUUUAAUAGUACCUUAGAUUCUGGAAUGACCUUUUCCUCACUGAAACAACGAUAUCAAUAAAAAAGAGUCAAUCUAUCAUGACAAGAGAACUGAAACAAUUAAAUAUCCCAUCCCAAUGAAAUCAAUUAUUAUUUUAGAAAGUUUAUUUCAAUCAAUUGACUUUCGACAGUUGAUCAAGAUUACAUGUGACUAUGACAUGACAAACUUUCUUUUUAUUAAAACCAAAAGUCUAAAUAUUUUAUUUCUAGAUUAGUUGUACACAUGACUAAUAAUAUGCUUCUAUUGGAAAAUUUACCCAAUGAAAUAAUCAUUGAAUUAUUUAAAUAUAUUAAAGCUCGAGAUCUUUUUCAAUCUUUUUAUAAUUUAAACUCUCGUUUUAAUUAUUUAAUUCAAUCUCUCACUCAUCUUACUUAUUCAACAGAUAAAAAUGAUAAUUAUACUCUUUCAUAUCCAUUUAUUUGUACAUUAAUUAUUAAUACUAAAAUCGAAAACAAGCUAACUUGUUUUUCUAAUUUACAUCGUCUUAUUUUGGAUUAUGUAACAGAUGAUUUAAUAUCACAAUUGAACAAUAAUAUUUUACCUAAUUUAGAAUAUCUUGCAAUUUCACAUACAGUUGGUCCAUUCUAUAUGCCUGAUUUACGUGCAAUAAUUUUUUCAAAUACAUUUUCAAAUUUAAAAUAUUGUUAUAUAUCACGAAUGACACCACCGUAUACAAGUCGUGAAUGGACACAAUCAUUAUCAUUACGUUUUUUAAAAGUAAACGAUAUUGAUUCAUCUAUAUAUAUAUCCAUUCUUUUGGCAUGUCCAAAUUUAUAUUUUCUAAAAUUUAAAUUACCAAAAAAAUCAAAAAUACAAUCGCAUAUUGUAGUACAUACUAGUCUUAAACGGUUAAUAAUCAAUAUGCAUUAUGAUGAGUGGCCUUGGGAUGAUAGUAUAUUAGAAGAUUAUUUAUCAUGUGUACCUAAUCUCGAACAGUUUAGAAUAUGUCGAUCAAUAUCAGUAGAUUCGAAUACAAUAGGUUACUUUCAGUGUUAUGAUUGGCUUUCAACAAUAAUUUCGAAGCAUUUAUUGACGCUUGAUCGAUUUAAGUUUGAUUUACGUAUUAAACGACCGAGUGGAUUAAUCGAGUAUGAUUUUCAAGACAUUUGCCGGUGUUUAAAGAAAACAUUUAAUAAUAUUUUUAAAGAUCGAUAUCAAAGUCGACUGGUAGUUUUUUGA